GUGAUAUUUAAAUUCAAGGCUGUGUGUACCAUAGGUCUGUUGUAGUGUGUUUAUCAUCCAUCCGUAAAUACUAUACAGUUUACAAUAGACUUUCACUUAAUAUAUAACCAUAUUGUUUUUGCUGAAUAGACUAGUCAGCUUGUGUUAGCAUCUCCAGCCUGCUGUUUUGAAAUUGAAGAGCCAACAUAUGUUUAGAAUAAGAAAACAAUUUCCCUGUUUUAUUUCUUCUGAUACAGCUAGAAUUGUACCAUUAAGGUUAAGCCUAUCACCAGUUAUAUUCACUUUGAUUUUAAUGUUAACCCUAAUUUCUGUUUACGAAAAUCUAAGAUGCGAGGGGAAAUCGCUGGAUUCUACCUAUAAAAAAUAUGAACGAAGCAAGGUGACACCUAUUGUUUUAGUUCCUGGAGAUGGAGGCAGUCAGCUAGAAGCCAAGUUGAAAAAACCAGAAGUGGUUCACUAUUUCUGCGAUAGAGAAACUAGUGAAUACUUUGACCUUUGGCUUAAUUUGGAACUUCUGGUGCCAUAUGUAUUGGAUUGUUGGGUAGACAACAUAAGGCUGGUCUAUGACAACCAUACCAGAACAACAACGAAUUCACCAGGUGUGGAUAUCAAUGUACCAGGAUUUGGAAACACAACUAGUGUGGAAUGGUUAGAUCCAAGUCAUGUGUCUCCAAGUUCUUAUUUCACAAAUAUAGUUGAACAUUUGCUACCAUGGGGUUUCAGCAGGGGAGUUAACAUCCGAGGAGCUCCAUAUGACUUUCGUAAAGCACCAAAUGAAUUGCAAUACUAUCUGAAAAAUGUUGUCAAGAUGGUGGAAGAAACAUACUAUAAAAGUGAAAAUAAGGUGUUACUGAUAUGUCAUAGUUUGGGGUGUCCGGUAAUGUUGUACAUGCUUAACAAACAAUCACAGACAUGGAAAGAUAAAUAUAUUCAGGGACUUGUUUCACUUGGAGCACCAUGGGGAGGAGCUGUCAAAGCCCUGAAGGCUUUUGCUUCAGGAGAGAAUUUGGGUGUUUCUGUCAUCAAUCCAAUUACAGUAAGGAGGGAGCAGAGAACUAGUCCUAGCCUGGCUUAUCUCACCCCAUCUGAUCGGUUCUGGUCAAAUGAUGAAGUUCUUGUUAUGACAGCAGAAAAAAACUACACAGUGAGGAACUACUAUGAGUUUUUCCAGGAUAUUAAUUUUAAAGAUGGAUGGGAAAUGUGGAAAGACACUCAUAAUUUGACCUAUGAUUUGGAACCACCUGGUGUUGAAGUUCAUUGUCUACAUGGGGUUAAUGUCAGCACAAUAGAACGUUUGAACUAUGCCAAGAACACCUUUCCAGACAGCCAACCAACUAUUAUUUAUGGAAAUGGUGAUGGAACUGUCAACCACAGAAGUCUUUUAGGAUGUCUACGCUGGAUAGGAAAUCAGAGUCAGAAAGUUUACCAUAAGGCGUUUGAAAAUGUAGACCACAUGGGUAUCCUUCGUCACUCAGCAGUUUUAGAAUACAUCAAAUACUUAGUUGUUGGUGUAUAAUGAUUACAACUACCAUGGAAAAGACAAGUGGUGUCAGUUAAGCAUAAAAAAUGGCUCCUUUUGUUUUUAUAUUCUUUGUUUAAAAAACUGUUUAACAUUCUCUAACUUAACAAUAAAACUGUGCUGUGUUUGUUUAGCUAGUAAAAUUAAAACAGGGUGACAUUUUGAUUGCAGUAAUUAUUUUUAGUUUCACUACUAUGCUACUUUUGCUCUAUCUAAAAGGUAUGCAAUGUUAAAAUGAUUUUGAGCUUUUUCUUUCUCCCUAUAUUUAAGUAAAUAUGGUAAAAACAGCAACUAUAAUAAAACAGUAACUAUGGUAAAGUAACUAGAAGUUAUUAUUGCUACGUACAAAAUAUAAAAUACAUUUCAUGCAGUGUCAAUUAUUUACAGGUAACAAAAUUCAAAUUUCCAUAGUUUGAUUUUUACUGGGAGCAAGUAAUAUAAACUUAAUUUGCACUUUAAACUGAAAAAAUAAAGUUUUUGUAAUAGAACCUUCUGAAGAAAUAUAUAUAUGAUAAAGACUAUAUAAAGAUUUUCUUUUUACAUUUAGUAUUUUGUAACAAAUAAAUUCUAUAAUUUUUCUUAUGAACAGUUUUGCAGCAUUUGUUAGUAACUGUGGAAGAUGAAGUUAGAGCUAAACUGGGGAAGUUAAAUAAACUUUAAAAUACCAUGGGAAUUUGCUCCAGUUACUUUUUUGUCUCCAGUUAUGUUUAUUUUGUGCAAAGUUGUAAAAAGAGCAAAAAUUAAAACAUGUGGAAUAUACAUACAAAUAUGAGGGUAGUAAAAAAAAUACAGAAUUUAUAUUACAAGAGAAAAAACUUUUAAAGAUUCAGCAAGUGAGUUUGCACCUUGACUAGUAAAAUUUUGAAUUUAAAUUUUUACAUAAAUUUAAAAAAGUUAUAUGAUAAAAUAAUAUAAUCUACUUCAGAAAUAAUUUCUCAUUAAAUUUCCUGAAUUUCUAACGUGGUUUGCAGCUGAUCAGAUUAUACAUAAUCAUUUAUUAUUUUAUAGGUAAUAAAUAUUUAUGAGGACACAUUACCACAGGUUCCAGAGUGUCAGAAUAAUUAUUAGAAAAAAACUUAUUGGUACUAACAAAAAAAAGUUUGUGGCCAUUAUAUAGUGUCAUAAUGCAUUAAAAGGUUCUGGUUUACUGGUGAAACUUGUUAUCAAAAACAUGUUAAAUUUAAACAUAUGUUAGCAGAUGUAGCUGCAGUAUGUUGAAAUUGUACGAUUAAUUUUAAAAGAGAGUAGCUGUGCCUUUCAUUCUUAUUACUUGUUUUAGUAACUCAAAUGAGCUACAUGUGCAAGUCAUAUUACCAAUGUAACAGUAGUGUUAUCAGGGGAGAUUAAUAUAUUAGAAAUUUGUCCUUUUUUCCCCUUAAAUAUAAAUUUCUUUAAAUUUUACGUUAAUAUUAUUGCUACAGAAAUAGUAAUGAGGUAUUUUGGUUAGAUAUUACAAGUUUUAAUUAUGUUCCCUGUGUCUUUAAUUUUACAUCAUUAAUUUUCCUUUCUUAAUGUGUGUGAAGACUAAGUUAAUGAUGCAUAUUAAAGUAGGUUAUUUUUUAUUAUGAUGACAUUUGUAAAAACAUGUUUUCUCAUAUACCACUUUUUAAGCUGUAUUCAGAAGUAAUGAUUAAUCUAAAAUAUAUAGAAGUUUUAUAUUUAAGACACUACAUGUUUUUUGAUACUAAGGGUAUAAUUACAUUUUUAAUUUGACAAAAUAUUCAUUGUAAACAUAGGGGUUCUUUCUUAACUCUGAAAACAAAAUUUUUAUAGUUUUAAGUUAUUUUUAUUUCUGUAGCUUUAAGCACUAAUGUUGUCAUGUAAACACUGGGAAAGAUAAGGUUGUGUCCAUACAAAGAGUCCAAAGGUUGAAAUUGGAUGCAAAUUCACUGUGUAGAUGCCAAUAUAAUUAUGGAGUAGUUUUAUAUAUAAAAUACAGUCUUUUUCUAGUACAAUAUUUUAAAAUAUCUAUUUUUCCAAUAUUUGGAAUAUAUAUACACACACACACACAGUAAUUUAACACAGACUCUCUUUUUUUUUAAUUUUUAAUCCUAUAAAAAUUAACAGUUCAUUAUGUUUUAAAUUUGAAUUUCUAAUGCUUAACUGUAGGUUGUGUGAUAUUAGAGAUUUGUUUGAAGAAUCAUAGAUCAUCGAAUGUUUUGUACAUAAUUUGGCAUGGAUAUUAUGAAUGACUUGUGAUUGUGGAUGUGCUUCUUUAUACACAUGUAUUUUUCAUUUUUGGUUACACCUGAAAGAACCAUAUUUUUGAGAUAGCUAAUAAACAGCUAUGACCUUAAAACAGGGAGAAUAUUUAAGAUGCUACAUAUUAACAUGAAGCCCAACUUAUCAGUUGAUUCACUACUUGUGAAAGUUGUACAGGUUUUGGGAAAUUCCACCCCUUAACAGUAAGACUGGGCUUUUUGUAGUGGUGAACUGUAUGUUAUAUGCAUAUAACAUAAGGAGUAUGUUUACUUGUGAUUAAAGCUCUGAGAGUAACACUUAUAUCUUUAUCUUUUAUAAACUAACACACACACAUAUAUCUAAUUUUUUUAAUAAUACUAAACAUUCAAACAAUAUUUACAAAGUUAUUAUGCAGAAACAUCAUCCAAAACUUGUGUUUUUUUGUUAUACAAUAAUAUAUUAACUGCUCAACAUAUCUUACUUAGUCUAUAGUUUUAAGAAAAGUUGUGAUGGCUAAAAUUUUUAUAUGAAAUUUUAAAAAAUGGUGCAACUUAAUUACAAAACACUUGACCAUUUCAUUCAUAGUUGCCAAAUGAAAAACAAAGUCAACUCGUCAUUUGAAAAUUAGUAAUAGAAAAUUUAGGAAAAAAUAGUGUAUAACAUUGCCUAAAAAGUUUAUAAAUGAUUCACUGGAUGGAUAACAUUUGUAAUAAAAUUGGUGGUGAAAUGCUUUGAACAACAUUUACCAAAACAUUUAUAAGUGAUUCACUGAAUAGAUAAUAUUUGUAACAAAAUUGCUGAUGAAAUGGUUUGAACUUGUAUAAGAAGUUUUUAUUGGUUCUGAUUUUUCAUUGACAAAAAGUUAGGUUGCUGUCCUCAUAGUAUUUUAAAAGAUUCAUUAAACAUACAUUUUGUUUGUGAUUCAUAUUCAAAUGUAUUUUAACAAUUAUAUGCAUUUUGACAAGUAAACUGUGGGAAAUUAGAAUGUUUUUCUCAAAUGAGAUAUUGCUGAUUUUUAACACUCAUUUAUGCCCUUGUGGUAGUCUUAAGUGUGGUGUGAACCUUCACAUAGAUUUAGAGCUAGGAUACUUAUAGGGCAUAUACAAUUUUAAUAUUUUUUUAUUACUCUGCUCGUGUGCUUUCCAAAUGUAUAAGGCAUUUCAUUUUGAGUAAGGGGAAGAUAGUGAAAAAAAUUCAAAGCAGGAAAAUAUUUCUUUUAUUGUUCAUCAUUUUAUAAAAAAUAAAUUAUUCUGUUGUUAUGCUAGAAUCUGUGGCAGCAAAAUGCCUUGACAUUAACAAUACCCUUAAUUUUAAGUACAUAAGGAUAGUUUAGCUUUUGAAGAUGUAACCAGCAACUGGAUGUUACAUACUCAGCAGUCAAUUAAGUAAUUAGAUUAGGUACAACUGGAAAUUUCUGGUGUUAGUGGCAGUGGCUUGAAAUAAUCUCAAAGUAAGGAGUCACAAUUUGCAUGAAACGGUUUGAAAACUAUUUAUCAGUAACAAGUCAGAUGGUGAAGAGAAAUGAGAUUAGUUCUUGUAACUAAGAAAAGUGUCUUGCUAGUCAGAACACUUAUUUCUGUGCUGUGUUACAUUUAUAGUACAAUUCAUAUUAUGUAUAUCUGUAUUAUUUGACAGUCUUUUUGCCUUGUACUUGGUUGUUUCACAAACUAGGACUAACCUGUGCAUUUGUUGUUUUUAACUCUUAUUGUUUGCAUGCGUAGUUGAAACAUUGGAUUUUUGAAUAGUUUUACAGACGAGUGAUUUUAAGAAUGUAUAGUUAUUUGAGUUAAGAACACAUUUAAUAAAAUAUAGUUUGUGGGGGUUUUUAAGCGUAAUGAUUUUUUUAAAACUAUUACUCAUGCUGCAAUUAUAAAGACUAUGAUCUUUUUAAAUUGUUGCACAAUUUCUUUAAAAUAAUGGAAUGAUUUCAGUCAUUUCCCAGUUAAAGCAUUCACAAAUAUUAGUUUGAAUGAAAAAAAAAUCAUGUUCUUGGUUAAUAUAUUCUUUAAAUAAACCAUGGAUAGUAAUGACAUUGAAAGUGCAACAUUAAAUUGAGUCACCAUAGAACUCUGUACUUUACUUGGUAUCUUGUGUGACAUUAUAUCUCAAGAAGACGUUACAUCAAAACAAGGUGGAUAAUAAUUUUUAACAAAAACAUUAAUCUUGUUUUAAUGUAAUGUCAUACAAAAUACCAAUCAGUAGAUCUUGAUUUACUGGCAUAAGAUCUUAUGUACCAUAAUAACAUUAUUAAAUUCAACUUGUGUUCCAAAAUGUGUUAAUGCUGAAGUAGCUAACUAUACAGUAUGUUGCAGGAAGAAGUAUUUUUAAGAUAAAGCUCUCAGAUGUUUUAAAUGUGUGUUGCUUUUUUUUUUCUACCAAUGUUUUAUUAAGCCUGUCGUAAUUGUAAUUUUUUGAAUAGAUAGGAGAAAAAAAAAUUCAUUUUAACUAUGUACACAAUACGUGCUUUGAAAAGCUCAUGGACUUGGAUGAAGUCAUAUUAACAUCUUGAUAGAUGUUGUUUAAUUUAAAACUUAUGAUCAGAGAGAUUAAUUAAAUGUUUGGGGACUUUAAGCUUCAGGAAAGGUUGUUUUGGCACACACUUUAAUUAUCUUCACAUUUCCUGUAUAUUGAGUAAUUCAUUGAGUUUUUUGUACAGAGAGUAUUGCUUCCAGUCUUAAAAUCUUGUAAAAAAGUUGUCAGGUUUUUGUUUUACUCUUAAAAAAUGUGGUAUUACCACAUUUCAGUUUGGAAUUUUCUAUGGAGAAAGGGUAUUCCUUCAAAAUGUCUCAAAGUUUACAAAUUUCAACUUUGAGAUAAGUAAUGAAAUGCUAAAACAUUUUUUGUAUGUGUGUAUCUAAAAAUAAACAUAAUACUGGGAGAGUAAUUUGCCUACAAACUUGACACUGAAUAAGGAAAUAAUUUUAUUAAUAUCACAGUAAUGAUUUAAACCCUCUUGGAUUUGGCCAUGAAUCUUGCUCUCCUUUCAGUAUAGAUUUUUUAUUAAAAUUAGUUUGUAAUCAGCACCCAUUACCUUGUGUUAAUUUUGUUACUUAUCCAGUAAAAAAUAGAGCAAGUCGUUUUUCUUUCUGUAAUAUUUUAAAAAAUGAUGUUUUAUUUACUUGUUCUAGUAAAUGUUCCUUGUGUCUAAGUUGAAGGAAUCUUAAAAUAAAUUCUAGAAUUUUCACUGUA